AUGGGUUCCGUAAACGUAUCGGUCGAUAGUGGUUUCGUCAUUCGUUGGAGUUCUUUAGAUACUACGACUAAACGAAAGAGAACAAAAGAGAGGGAAAAAGAGAAGGGAAAAAGAGAAGGGAAAAGAGAAGGGAAAAGAGAAGGGAAAAGAGAAGGGAAAAGAGAAGGGAAAAGAGAAGGGAAAAAGAGAAGGGAAAAAAAGAAUAAA